AGCUGGGCUCAGGGAGGAGGAAAGGACAAAAACAAACCUUAGAUCACAGAACAACAAACAAAGGUGUGAGGAGAGCUGGCAGAAAACUGAGUCACUGGCCAAAGGUGCUGAGAGGAACAGGCGGUGCCUCAAAAUGGAUGUCAGAAGGCUGGAAAUCCCUGCUGAUCUUGCAGCCCAGCUCCACUUGGCUGAAGGUCACCACCAUGCUCGGACAAACAAGGUCACAGAGGUUUCCCCUCCAGAGGUCAAAGCCAAGGUUGAUCUUUCCCUGCCUCCUGAUAUCAACAGUUUUCCCUUCUCUACUUUCAUCAGGUCCCAUUUCCAGGAAAUGGGUUUGCCUGACCUUGGACAACCUCUGAAACAACCUUUGACCCGACUGGAUGGUGAGCAGAGGCAAACUGCUCUGCAGCUCAACAAAGUGAUCCUACGCUUCAUUGGUGAUAAAGGCCUGGAGGCAUGGCAAGAAGAAGUACUAGGCAAUUACAUAGCAAGCCGAGGGCUGGCCAGUCCUUCCCUGCGGGAUGAGCUUCUGAGCCAGGUGGUCUCUCAGGUGUGGAAGAAUAUGGACUUAGAACAGUGCCAACGAGGAUGGGCGCUGAUGGCCACCCUCCUGGGGACCUUUGCCCCUUCUCCAGCUCUGGAGAAGCCUCUACUGAAGUUUGUGUCAGACCAUGGCCUGGAGAGCUAUAAUGGCAUCUGCCAGCGGAAACUCCUGAUGUCCAUGCAGCAGAUGGAAAAAGAUCCAGAAGUGUCCCGAAGUUUCCCUCCCACCCAGCUGGAGUGGACCACCAACCAGAGGAAAGGCAAGAUGGUGCUGGAUGUCUAUACCUAUAAAGAGGAGAUGCUUUCAGCUGAAGUGGACUCAUGGACAACAGGAGAGCAAUAUGCUGGUUGGGCCCUGAGUUCAAGAGGCCUGGAUAUGGUCCCUCGGGGCUGGACUGUGUCUAUGUUUGCGGGCCAAGAAUGGCAGGACUUAGCAGGCUGUGAUUUUGUGCUGGAUCUCAUUGGAGAACUAGAGGAAAACAAUGGACCCUCUGAAUCCUCCCCUGGUUAUCCCAUAACCCCUGAACAGGAAGAACACUACGCCCGGCAGAACUUUCCAAAUAGGACACACUUGAACAUCCCUCCUGCACCAGAUAUUCGGGCUCCUCCCUUCCCACCUCCAUCACUGCCUCCAGAUUUUGACAGUAUUGCCUAUCCAGAGCCAGGCAGCAGAAAUAGCCCAAGAGGAGUGGAUCAUUAUGUGGAUGGCCUCUUUAGUCCACUGCUGGAUCAUGCAGCCAGGAAUUAUUCAUCGGAUCUCGACAGUGAGGGAAGUCUGACUGGACGCAUGAAAGGAGGUGGGAAAAUUGGGCCCGGUCAGCAAGGUAUUUUUCCAGGCUACUCAGGAAUGAUGACCAUGCCAGCAUACCAGCCUAUGCCCGCCAUGGGAGGAAUGAUGCCCGGACUAGGUGGAAUGGGGACAAUGCCAGCUAUGAUGAUGCCCCAGGCUCAGCCUGUAAUGCCAUCGGUGGAUCCCAACCAAGUGGCAGCACAGCAACAAGCCUUCAUCAACCAGCAGGCAUUGCUUCUGGCUCAGCAGAUGACUCUUCAAGCCAUGACACUUUCUCAGCAGCAGCAAGGGCAACAACACCGGCAAAGGGAGAGGUCUCCUGAAUUCCCAAGAGCAAGGCGAUCACCCUCAAGAAGGUGGUCACCAGAACCUUCAAGGCCAUGGCGAGGGUCUCCACCAAGGUCACCUGAAUUUUCAAGGCCAAGGAGAACAUCAACAAAGAGAAGGUCACCUGAACGUUCAAGGGCCAGGCGGGCAUCACCACAAGAUGAAUCACCUGAAUAUUCAAGGCAAAGACAAGAUUCUCCUCCACCACCUCAGUCUUCUCUAGCUGCUAAACCCAAACACGUUAAUAGUAGCCAAAAGAAAGUAUCUACUAUUCACCAGUCAGAAUCUCCUCCUGGGGCUCCAGAGGUGAUCCACAUCUACCAAGAAAAGGAGGACCCAGGCAUCAAAGCAGGCACCCUUUCAAAAGAAACUAUCCGGAAAAAAAUUGAUUACUUCCAAAAAAUUGGGCAACAACCAAGUCCUAUGAAGUCAAUAAUUCCCCCAUCGAAGACCUGGAAUCCUCCAAAUAAACUACAACCAGAGGAUCAGCAGAAGCUUCAAAAUGCAGGUAUGAAAGAAAAUAACCAAGCCCAACCCACUCAGCUGGCACCAGAACCAAGCCAGGAGAUAAAGAACAUUGUUAAAACACACCAGAAUCGUCCAGUCCCACCACCCAUACCCGCCAAGCCUCCCAGAAAUAUUUCUAAACCUUUUGUGAAAAAACAUGACCCAAAGGAGGAAGCCCUGGCAAAGCUGGGGAUCGCAGGAUUGGAUUCUUCUCCGCAAUCCCCUACAUCACCAGAGAGGAGCUCGCCACCUCCACCACCGCCUGCUAAGUUGUCUCAUUCCAUCAGAGAAAAACAGCUGCCCCUCAUGAACCUCUUUGCUCGGCCACCCCCUGCCUCUCCCGCUGCUGCCUCGGUGCUUCCCCCUCCUCCUCCUGAAGCAUCACCCCCUCUGCCUCCACCCCCUCUCCCUACAGAUUAUACCAUAGAGGAAACGGGUGCUAAAGGCUCAGCUCGAACAAUGAAGGAAGAUACCAAUAUCAAAACCCAACUUAUUAAUCUCUCUGCUAGUGUCAGCUUCUCCUAUGCUAAUUCUAGUUGGAAAAUCUUCCUACGCAAAGAGGUUUUUUACCCCAAGGAAAACUUCAGCCACCCUUAUUGCUUGAAUCUAUUGUGUGAUCAGAUCAUCACAGACACUUACUCAGAGUCUUGCAUUCGGAUCUCCAGAGAAGAGAGGCGCAAGAUGAAAGACCUCUUAGCAAUCUUCAAAGUGGGUAUGGAUGCCAGUUCAAUUCCAGAAGAUGGGAUAAAGAAGAGGAUUGUGGUGGCUGCACGAGAUAACUGGACCAACUAUUUCUCUCGCCUUUUCCCAGUUAAGGGAGAUAGUGGGAGUGAUGUCCAGAUUUUGGGUGUUUCUCAUCGAGGGUUGCAGCUGUUGAAGAGAGCAAAAGAAGUCAGCUUCAGCCCUGAAUAUCUGAAGCUCCUUUGCAGCUACAGUUAUGCAGAUGUGCUAUCUUUAGAGCUGAUGGGGCAGAACAUCCUUCAGUUCUCUCUGAAGAAUGAGCAACUCGUACUGCAUUCUCCAAAGGCCUGUCAGAUUAAAGCCAUGGUGGAACUCUUCCUGAAUGAACUGAAGCAGGAUUCCAAGUACGUCAUUGCUUUGCGAAGCUACACAACUGACAACAAAAGUCUCUUGAACUUCAAGAAAGGGGACUUAAUCCGGAUAGUGCCCAUGGAGGGCCUGGAACCAGGCUGGCAGUUUGGUUCUGUUGGUGGUCGCUCUGGCCUUUUCCCUUCCAGCAUGGUGCAACUUGCGGCACCACCAGAUUAUCUCAGUCUUCAUGUUAAUCGAGAGGAAGAGGGCAGGAAGAGCCUAAGGAGAGGCACACAGGAAAAAAUCAUUACUAAGGAGAACUCUACAACUUAUGUACCAUUGGAAGUCGGUAGCACUAGUACAGCUCCUGAAACCUGCCACUACACAAUGAUGGAGUUCGCUGCAGCCCAUUUCCGGGGAGCCCAGCCAAAGUUGGGUUGGCAAGAGAUGAGUGCAGAACUGGAGGACCCAGCUCUCUUGGUUCAGCAUACUAAGGUACCAAUUCAGGAAUCACUCCUGUUCUACUCUAAUAGCAAGAUGAAUGACCUGGCAACAAAAGCUUUUAUGACUCUAAUGAGGUUCAUGGGGGAUGCGCCUGGCAUCAAAAAGCAAAAGGAAGUUGAUUACAUCAAUGAAAUCCUCCAGCUCUGCAAAGAGAAGGAGAAUUUGCGUGAUGAGAUUUAUUGCCAGGUCAUCAAGCAAGUUACCCAAAACCCUGAACACGACAGAAGCCAUCGUGGGUGGCAGCUCCUGAGCCUCUUGACUGGCUACUUCCUCCCUUCCAGUAUUUUGCUACCAUAUGUCACCAAAUAUUUUCAGCAGGCCAGCUUUGACAGCUCCAGCCCCUUCAUAGAAAUAGCCCGAAUUUGCCAGAGCAACCUUCGAAAAAUGGUUUUGAAUGGAGGCCGAAGACGCUUGCCGUUCCAUGGAGAGAUGGAAGCUUUUUUGAAGGGACGAAGCUCACGCCGGAUAGUGAUCAGGCUACCUGGAGGCCAGGGGUAUCCAACAAAACUUAAAACUUUCACGAUUGCUGCAGAUAUAAUGAAGGAAAUCAGUGAGCAUCUGGGGAUUGCUGACCAAGAGGAGAUUCAGGAAUUUGCCAUCUUUGCCAGCCGAGGACAUGGCAAGGUGUUACGACCCUUGCGCCAGAAGGAGUAUCUCCAUGACUAUUUGCUGGAGGACAGUUUUGUGGAGCUGAGUUUCUCCAGGAUUACUUGGAAGAUACCACUGCACUUUGAGAACGAGAAUUAUAUCAACUUUCAUUACAACCAGGUGUUGCAGAGUUAUACAACAGGGAAACUACUGUUGCAGUGCAGUGGUGAACUAGAGCAACAAGUGGUUACCUUAGCUCUGCUUCAGCAUUGGGCCAAAGGAACUGGAUCACUCCCUUCCACAGAAGAGUUAAGAAGCUGCAUUCCUGAUCCUAUGGUACAUCUCAUCAACCUAGAAAUCAUUCAUGACUUUGUCACCCAUCAUCUGGAACAAAGGCAGCCACUUGAACAACAUGAGGCAAAAAUACAAUUCAUUGAACAUAUGGUCCAAAUCCCACUGUUUGGUUACAAUGUUUACUUUGUGGAGAGGAUCAGUAUCCCUGGGCUGGUCAAGCCCUGCUUUAUAGGCGUGAACCAGGAACAAAUCAUCAUAGUGGAUGGGAAGCUCCAGAACCUUUACUGCCGAAUUCCACUGAAGGAGAUACAGAGAAUGAGGACCAUGACCCCCCUGGAUGAAUCUGGAACUCCUGGCCUGGAAGUGAACUAUGGCUCACCAGAUGAUCCUAAAACUAUCUGGUUUGAAUUGAAACAGGCUAAAUUAUUGUACCACACAAUUGCCAUCAUUGCAGAAGAAGCCACAGACUCCCAGGUUUAGAAGACGACAACAUUUUUUCUCCACUUCCAAAAGCAUGUCCAUAUUUCUCUGGUAUGUCUAAUGGCCAUAUGAAGUCUUACCAAGCAGUCUUAAUUUAUGGAACUCUUUUUCUUCAACCUCUACAUCGCAACGAUCCACCCUAGUUCUUACUCUUCUGACUAAGGAUUAAAUGUAUGAUGUGAAUUGGGGUAAUGCUACCUUUUCCCAUUAAGAGAGAAGAUUCCAGUUGCUCCUUGAACAACUGCUUAUAGAUGUGCAGGAAUGGGAUAGACAAGGCAUAAAACAGUCCUACACUGGGCAGCAAGGCAUAUCUUGGGCUUACUUCAACAUGCUUGCUCUUGCAUUUAAAGUCUGAACAGCUUAAAUGGGAAAAAACCAAUGUUGAAUAUAUUUAUUUUUGUGCACUCAUCAUUAAGCAGCUGAAAAACAACUGUCUGACUCUCAGAGAAGACCUUGCCCUUCUCAGUGGUAGUAACUGUUAUCUGGAAUGCAAUACUAAGAAAUGCCAGACUAGCCCCAUCAUAUUUACUUUUAAUUGUUUGGCAAUUGUGUAUAUUCUUUCAAGGCGCAUCUAAAGUGUAGAAUUAAUAAAGUUGGCGAGUUAUAGUUUUACAAAUCUUUAGCCUUCUGUGUCAAAGACUGCCUCAGUGCCUCAUUAAAUUACAGAUCCCAGGAUUCCAUAGCAUGAAGCUAUGAAAGUUAAAAUGGGGUCAAACUGCAAUUAUUCUUCAAUACAGAUGCACCAAUAGUUGUCCCUGAAAGGGGCUGAUGGUUGAUUUAAGGCACUCAGCCUUUCUCUCCUCUGUUCUUAUUUAUUUCAUUCAAUUUUAUACUGUUGGUAGUUUUGCUGUUGUUACUAUCUUCUGCUUCUCCUUUUCGGAUUGUCAUAUGUUCUAAUUUGCUUAGAAGAAAGGAAUUAAAGAAUUUUUAAAAGAAAAUA